AUGUCACCUCAAACUUGGGUAAUCGAACCAAAUGUCACCUCUAACUUGGAUAGUUACUUUUUGAGUCGAAUCGAGAAAUUCGCUGUGAAAUCUUUUGAUCGAAUGAUGAGCAGUUUCAAACCGGCAUUGUUGUAUUCACCGGAUAUUGUUAAUCAUGAUGAGAACAGUGAAAAUUAUUUGGUUUUACCAGUUUUCGUGACUGAAUUGCGAGCCUUGGUUCCGUCAAACGGACGGGAUCAGAGUGCUGCAGCCAUAUCGCAGUGUCACCAGAAUUCAACUGAAUAUCGAAUAAUCACGAAAGUUUACAUUCGUGGUUUCGGCGGGGUCCCACUGAUUAAGGGAGAUCCAAAAAUUAUACCCAUCAAAGCUCAGAAGUUUAUCGCUGAGAAAGCACGGUUGUUGAGGCCAAGGGCGAUCUACAUAUGCGAUGGUGGAGAAAUGGAACGGGAAGACUUGAUCAGGGAACUGAAACAAAUCGGUGUGGCUAAAGAGUUGAAAGCACACAACAACUGUUGCUUGAUAACCACCGAUCAACGAGAUGCACACUCGAUGCCAAUUGAUCCGUUUAUUGCGUCAGAUUGCAUUACUUCCACUGAAACAAACCCAGUAGACACCGUUGACAAUCCCGAAAACGUAUUCGAGCCUCUGCAAAACAAGUCGAGUCACAGUUGUCAAAACAUUCAGUGGCGAUUUUUGAGAUUCUCAUAUGGCCGAUCGGUGUUUGCAAAAUGGAUAUCUCCAUUUGAAAUGGGUGUGGAAUUGGAUGAGCGCUUUCCAUGUGCAAUGGCCGGUAUGUUUGCUCGACAAGACUCAUCAACAAAUCUCGUUAAAUCAUCCGUUCACAACGAAACUAUCAACUAUUUGAUGUUGUCGGGAACUGAGCUUGCAGGUCGAGUCAUGUAUGUGUUGCCAUUCUCGUUGGGUCCAAUCGGUGGACGCUUCUCUGCUAACGCUAUUCAGCUAACCGACAGCCCCUACGUAGCAUUGAUAACAGUCACUUUUUUCAGAGUAUCACCUGCUGUAUGGGAUUGUAUACAUGACAAACGAUUUGUUCGUUGUGUUCAUUCUGUAGGUGUUCAACGGCCCAUCAUCUACAAACUCGAAAAUAACUGGCCAUGCGUGCCUGAACUAGCUUUGUUAGCGAUGUCGGCAAAAACGCCAGAGGAACGUGAAGUUUGGUCGUAUGGAACGGGCAAUGAAAGUGCCAUAUCUUGCUUGAGCGAGAUAUCGUUGAGACUUGCAUCAAUGGUUGCCAGGGAUGAGGGGUGGCUAGCGGAACAUAUGGCUGUCAUUGCAGUCACAGGUAUUUCUCACUUUCCAAUACUUGUAUAA